AUGGUUAAAUCGUCGAUCCUCCAUCUCUUGGUCCUGGCGUCGGCUGCGGCCGUCCAGGCCGCGACAGCCCCCACCUGCCCCGACGGCCACGAGCAAGAGGCUACCAUCGCCGGCAAGCGAUGGAAGCUCUUGUGCAACAAGGGUAUCCGCGCCCUCCCCAUUGAAGGCACAGAGACGGCUGCCACUGAUCCCGCCCAGUGUGCGGAGCGAUGUGCGGCUUAUGACGGCUGUGCCCAUGCUUCGUAUGUCUACAAGCGCAAGGACGGCGUCAUGGGCAACUUCUGCCAGCUCAAGGAGAACGCGGAAAUCUUUGACUCGCAAGGGAUGACGACCUGGUAUUACCUCGGGGAGGCCAACCCCACAGAGGAAGGCGAGGGCAACGGUGUUGGUAAUGGCGAUGGCGCUGGCGAUGGCGACGGCGCUGGAGCUGGAGGCAAUGGCAAUGGCAAUGAUGGCGACGGCGACGAGGAAGACCCGCAGAACCUCGAGACGUACACCUGCAACGAGCACAACGGCAAACGAUACGUAACCGGCGGCAUCACCUACGAGCUCAAGUGCAACACGGGACACAACGGCGGCCACCUUCGAACCGAGACGUCGACGGACCUCAAGGCUUGCGCCAGGCUCUGCGCCCAGACCCCCGAGUGCUUCAGCGUCGACUUUGAUGUCUCGACCAAGUCUUGCAACAUGAAGAAGAUGGGCACCGAGACUGUUGCAUGGUCCUCUGGACACACCUGGUACCCGACCCAGUGUCCAGCCACUGGCGACGUCGAGACGGUCGAGAACAGGAAGCCCGAGAUCACUAGCAGCCCCGUCAAGUGCCCCAAGGACAAUGGCAAGAUCUUCAUGGGCUCUGACGGAACCUGGUUCUAUCAGCAGUGCUGCACGGACGCCGACGGUGCUGUGCUCCUCAACUACGCGAAGGUCUCGUCCCACGACGAGUGCGCCGAGGCCUGUGUCAAGGACAAGGCGUGUAAGAGCUUCAUGUUUGUCCCCGACAUGGUCCCUACCGAGGAAACCGCCAACUGUCGCCUCUACAAGGACGGCAAGUUCUCCACGUCAAGAGUCGAAGGCGCUCACUACGCUUUUGUCGUUGACCCUCCCACCACCGAGCCUGUCAUCAGCGAGGCCAAGCGCUGCGCGACGACCUGCCCCGAGGCGGACGGCCAACUGUACGCGACUCCGAGCGGCGAGAAUUACCUCAUGACCUGUAAGGCCCGUCACGGCACCACUUAUCUCAAGAUUGACCACCGUCCCUCCUUCGAGGCCUGCAUGUCCUCGUGCGCCGCCAUGCCUGCCUGCCAAUCUGCCGACUACGAGCCUCGCACCAAGAAGUGCUUCUACAGCACCAACACGGCACGUCCGUCCAUCUCCGCCGACGCCUUUGUCAGCGCCCACUCCCUCGGCUGUGCUGGUGCCUGCCAGGGUUGCAAGAAGAACUGCGACCAGCUCAACGGCGAGGCCCUCCCCGCCGACAAACCCGAGUGCAACAAGAACAAUGGCGAGCUCGUCAUUGCCGGCGGUGAGGACUUUAGGGUCUAUUGCGGCCACUGCUAUAGAAGCCACGGCAGCUGGAAUUUCGCGGAAGCAACGGACCUUGGAUCCUGUGCAAAGGCCUGCGGCGAAGACCCUCUCUGCCAUGGCGUGAACUGGAUCGGUGACAAGACCUGUAGCGCGCACGGCGCGCACGACGAUGCCGGAAACAGACCCAGCUUCAAGCCAGACAGUCCCCGCGAGAAUAAGUCUUCGCUGCUCCGCAAUGUCCAGACGUCUGUUGCGUCAAUCACGGUUGACGACCUCCUCAGCUCGACCGAGGAGCGCACCUCGUGA